CUGACUGACGUGUGGAUACACAAGUGUCUUAUUUUUGCGAUAGUGCUUCUACUUGGAUCAUGAACUGACUCGAGUCUGUAUCAAUUUAAACCCACUUACUGCCUGCCUGGAUGUAUGUAAUUCCUUCAAUCAUCUUCAAAGACGAGGCUUUUUGAGGGUGCACAGUGACGAGAACGGACAGACGGUCUGUGAACCGGCUGGAUUGUGUGUGGAGCUUGGAAUAUAAUGGGGGACGUACGCGAUGUACACGAAGGCGAAGCAAGUGGUGGAACAAAAGAGGACACUAUGAGUUCCAUGGAUAGUCAGGAUACCAGAUCUGAUAAAAAGAAAGCCCUCAAGGGAUCUUUCUGGCAGCGACGGCAAGAUGUGAUUGCUUGGUUGUCUGCAAUGGUAUUCAUACUGGCUUGUUUGGGAGGUAUGUUUGGCUUAGGAGCACUACGUCACUGGGACGCCAACACGGGCUAUGACCACAAUAAGAGUGCAACCUCGGAGGAGCGGUUCUUGCCUGAACCUUUUGACCCCGACCCAGACAUGAAAGGGCGUCACGGAGCUGACGCAGUAGGCCGUUGGUACUACUGGAAACUUCCUCCAAGCCAAGCCAACGCCUUAACCAGGGCUGUCGUCUGGCUGUGCUACACCAGUCAUCAGUUGCUUAUGUGGGGAUGCAUCUUCUACGGCCAGAAGCAGAAGCUAGUGUGGCAGUCCAGCACAGCACCUCGAUACUCCGGGAAGCUGGAGAAGUUUAACAUCGUUGCUUUACUCGUCAACGCUUUGUUUCAUGUGCUUCAUCUUGGGCAGACGCACUUGACGUACGAUGCAACUGCGCAGGACGUCUCGGUCGCUAGCUCGCAGAGCUCCGUUAUCAUGCUGCUCGUAUUGGUGCUGGUCUUGGAGUAUCGGGAUCGUGGUCUUGCUUUCGGAUGGCCUACUGCCCGCAACACCGACGCCUUCAGUCGGAAGCUUCGUCUACCUCAAGGUACUGUCAACAUGAUACGCAAGUACCACGGCUACGCCUUCGCCUGGGCUUCCAUCUACACCUUCUGGUAUCACCCCAUGGAGAACACGUGGGGACAUGCCAUGGGAUUCAUGCACACCUUUAUGAUCAUGCUGCAAGGCAGUCUGAUCUAUACUAACAUGCAUCUAAAUCGAUACUGGCGACUGACCCUUGAAGCCUGGGUGAUCCUCCACGGUAGCGUGGUGGCCUCCCAGACCGGAGGACCUGAUCUAAACGGCACCCUCUUGUGGCCGAUGUUCUGCUUUGGUUUCCUCUGGGUGUUUUCGUUCACUCAGGUGUACGGUCUCCAGUUCUGGAAGAAGCUCCCUGCUUGGGUGCGCCCGACACCCUUCCUUAUCUACUUAGCGGUUACCAUCGGGAUCUACUCGACGCUUCCUGACCGACAGGGACGCUACUGGAUCAGGCUGAAUGAGAUCAUUCGUAUUCCUGCGAUUGAGUAUCUGGCUGCCCUGUUUGCCUGGCUCCUGGUUGAAAUCUUCUUGUUCAUUGAGAGAAAGGUUCAAUCCCGAUCUGAUGGCCCCAAGGAGCCACUCAGCCCAGCCUGGGAGGCCCUGUACAUCAUGGGUGUCCUCUUCAUCUACGCCAGCAUGGUCACCGUCAGCGCACUGGUACAAGUAUUGGAUUGGCAGAUGAGUUUGAUCACGCUCAUGAUACUGCUAGUGUUCGUCUUCAUCGUUGGUGUGUCGAUCGCCAAUAUGCUGCUCAAGCAGUGCUUCCGUAGGCCGGCCGGUAAGCCCAUCGUAGCACCAGCUGAGGAGAAAGAUGCGGUUGUGCCUACGGCCUACGGAUCUACCUAUGAAAACGGAGUGACAAAUGAUCUAUUUGAGAAGAGCGACUUGUAAGUGAUGAUUUGACGGCGGUCCAAUCCCCUCAGUUCAUGGCAUCAUGGGCCGAUUUCAA